GACAUGCUGUAGAUCUGAGGGCCCGGUGAGUCGUGGUAGAUGUGGCACCUGGACUUUGACAGUCUCCAAGAGGAGAGGGGGCACUCUUAGGCCAGGUCCCUGGAGCAGCGCUGAAGGAAGGUGGGAAGCCAUCGGAGCAGGAAGAUAAAAUAACUACACAACUUACUCAAAACCCAAGACAAAUUCAGAGAGUCAGUGAUGGAACUUUGGGCUCCCCAGAGGCUGCCCCAGACACAAGGGAAGGUCACAGCACCCUCAAAGGAUCCAGACCGAGGGUUUUGGAGAGAUGGACAUCAUCGGCCUGUCCCUCACUCUCGGCACAAUGGAGAGAGGUUUCACCAAUGGCAAGACAACCGUGGGAGCCCCCAGCCACAGCAGGAGCCCAGGACAGACCAUCAACAGUCCCAUUAUGCCUCCAGGCCUGGGGACUGGCAUCAGCCUCUGUCUAGAAUUGACUAUUACGAAAGUGGUUAUCCCAGUCAGUUGUAUUCAAGGCCAGGGUAUGAGAAUUCAUAUCAGGGCUAUCACUCUCCCACAACGAGGGAGGAAUAUGCUUAUGGAAGUUACUACUAUCACGGACACCCGCAGUGGCUGCAGGAAGAAAGAGUGCCAAGGCAAAGGAGUCCUUAUAUCUGGCAUGAAGAUUACCGAGAGCAAAAGUACCUUGAUGAACAUCAUUAUGAAAACCAGCACAGUCCAUUUGGAACAAAUAGUGAGACCCACUUCCAAUCUAACAGUAGGAACCAUUAUAAAGACAGCCCUGCUUCCAACUCUGGACAGGAGUGGCCCGGGGAGCUGUUUCCAGGGAGCCUGCUUGCUGGGGCCCAGAAAACUAAGAAUCUGAUUGUUUUAUUGCAGGUUAUUCUGAAUGAUUCCGAAGAGCAAGAGGAGAUGAGAAGCUUCUCAGGACCCUUGAUUAGGGAAGAUAUACAUAAGGUGGAUAUUAUGACGUUUUGCCAGCAGAAAGCAGCUCAGAGCUGCAAAUCUGAGACACUGGGGAGCAGAGACUCGGCUCUACUGUGGCAGCUCUUGGUUCUCCUUUGUCGCCAGAAUGGGUCCAUGGUGGGGUCUGACAUUGCUGAGCUGCUAAUGCAAGACUGCAAGAAGCUGGAGAAGUACAAACGGCAGCCCCCUGUGGCCAACCUCAUCAGCCUGACCGAUGAGGACUGGCCAGUGCUGAGCUCUGGGACCCCGAACCUGCUCACCGGAGAGAUCCCCCCCAGUGUGGAGACACCUGCGCAGAUCGUGGAGAAAUUCACUAGACUGCUCUACUAUGGAAGGAAGAAGGAAGCCUUGGAGUGGGCCAUGAAGAACCACUUGUGGGGCCAUGCUUUGUUCUUGUCCAGCAAGAUGGACCCACGGACCUACAGCUGGGUCAUGAGUGGCUUCACCAGCACGCUGGCGCUCAAUGACCCACUGCAGACCCUAUUCCAGCUCAUGUCGGGGAGGAUUCCGCAGGCAGCCACGUGUUGUGGAGAAAAGCAGUGGGGAGACUGGAGGCCUCACUUGGCUGUGAUUCUGUCAAAUCAGGCUGGGGACCCGGAGCUGUAUCAGCGUGCGAUUGUUGCCAUGGGUGACACUCUGGCUGGGAAGGGGCUUGUGGAGGCAGCUCACUUCUGUUACCUCAUGGCCCAUGUGCCCUUUGGCCACUACACCGUGAAGACAGAUCAUCUGGUCUUGCUGGGCAGCAGCCACAGUCAAGAGUUUUUGAAAUUUGCAACAACUGAGGCAAUCCAGAGGACGGAAAUCUUCGAGUACUGCCAGAUGCUGGGCCGCCCCAAAUCCUUCAUCCCUUCUUUCCAGGUGUAUAAGCUCCUUUAUGCUUCCCGUCUGGCAGAUUACGGCCUCGUGUCCCAGGCCUUGCAUUACUGCGAAGCCAUUGGUGCAGCUGUCUUGAGCCAGGGAGAGAGCAGUCACCCUGUGCUGUUAGCGGAACUCAUCAAGCUAGCAGAGAAACUGAAGCUAUCAGAUCCUCUGGUUUUAGAAAGACGCAGUAGAGACAGGGACCUAGAGCCAGAUUGGCUAGUGCAACUUCGGAGGCAGCUGGAGCAAAAGAUAGCAGGAGACACUGGGGAUCCUCAUCUUACUCGCUCAGAUAUUUCGGGAGCCAGAGGAACAAAAACAGAAAACACUUUCUACCAGGACUUUUCUGGAUGUCAAGGCUACUCUGAAGCCCCUGGGUACCGCUCAGCUCUGUGGCUGACGCUUGAGCAGACCUGCCUGCCCCAGCCCAGCCCACAGCAGCCCUUCCCUCUCCAGCCGGGCUCCUACCCAGCAGGAGGGGGUGCAGGGCAGACAGGGGCACCGAUGCCUCUUUACUCAGUUCCUGAGAUCCACCUACCAGGAACUGGCAGCAGUGUGGCAGUGACAGAGGCCCCUGGAGGAACAGUCUGGGAGGAACCGCUGCAGACACACCUGGGCCCUGGAGAGAACACAGUGUCUCAAGAAACCUCCCAGCCUCCUGAUGGCCAAGAGGUCAUUUCCAAACCACAGACACUGCUGGCUGCCAGAGCACCAAGUAUUUCUGAGAGUUCCACCAAUUCAGCCAAGGAGGAUGAGGAGGAGUCCUCCGAUGAGGCUGAUAAAAACUCUCCCCAAAAUACUGCCCGGAGAGGCAAGCUCGGAGAUGGGAAGGAGCAUACAAAGAGCUCAGGGUUUGGCUGGUUCAGCUGGUUUCGAUCGAAGCCCACCGAGAACGCAUCUCCCUCUGGAGAGGAGGACUCCUCGGACAGCCCUGACUGUGAGCGGGAGACCCCCAGAGCAUCUUCUCCCCACCAGGCUGGCCUGGGCCUCUCACUGACACCUUCUCCUGAGUCCCCCCCUCUGCCAGCUCUUAGCGCCUUCUCCGUGGGCACAGGUGGGGGUGAAGGCCAAGGAUCCACAUCCAGUGGGGGAGCAGCUGCGGGCGCUGGGGUUGGAGGCUUGUCUGGACCUGAGAGUGUUUCCUUUGAGCUCUGCUCCAACCCUGGUGUUCUGCUUCCUCCACCUGCCUUAAAAGGGACUGUUCCUCUUUACAACCCAUCUCAGGUCCCUCAGCUGCCCAUGGCCACUAGCCUGAAUCGGCCAAAUCGCCUAGCUCAGCGUCGCUAUCCCACUCAGCCAUGCUGAGAAUAAACACGCGUCCCAGGUUCAUCGCCACAACUUUGCUUGCUCUCCUUUUCUCAAUCUCCCAGUCCCUCUCUACCACACUGGGACCCUCAAGAGGUUUGUGUCAGCCCGAUGUCUCCACCAGUCACUGAGAAGGCAAGAAGACAGGAUCUCUCAAGACACAGCACAAUUCAGUCUCUUAAGAUUAGCUUCAGAAUGCCGGAAAUUAUUUCAUCAGGUGGAAGGUCUGGGUCUAACAGCAGACUGCACAUGAACAGAGUGACAUAGUGGUGGCACUUAUGGUGGUGGCUUGAGAGCCUUGGGGAAAUUAGGGCCCUAACAGCUAGAAUCAAAGAUGGGACCACAGAGCCCUGUAGCAGGAAAUGGGAAGCGGGGGAGGGGCAGGAGCUCAGAACAAUGUUCUAGACCAACUUGGACUUCUUCCUGUCUUAGUAAUAGACCAAUACAUGGCUCUACUUAGCAAAGUUUUUAUACUGAAACUUGAUUAUUACUGCCCUUUAUAAUUUCCUCUUCAAUGAUACUUCAGCAGUUUCCCUCUUGGUCCUAGUUUUGUGCACAUUUUUUUUUUAAUGUGGUUCAGAUUAAUUAUAUUUCUCUCACUUUCUUAGCUGGUCCUAUUUUUUCACAUUCUGGCAUGUGGCUAUCAAGUUAGAUUGCUCUAGGCAUCAUAUUGUCAUGGUAACUACUGAACCUAAUGAUGCAGAUGGAUGGCACAUCAGUAUAAUAAAUGAUGGAAAGCGGUUCCUAAAAAUUCAUCCCUUUCAUAAGAGGGGAAGAAUGAGUGCCUUAUAUUGUUAAUACCUCCCUUUCUACCUCAGGCCUUUGCAAAUUGAUGUUCGGAGGGUCACUGGAGUGAGAGGGAGGAGGGGGGCGUCUUGGAAAUUUCCAUUUCUCUUUUCAAACCCAAAAUAGGAAUGACUCUUGCUGUUUGUCAGAUUUGCUGAAAAUUGCUCCUCACAAAGAACAUUUUUUUGUACAUGUAAUUGUAAAUACAGGUUUAGUACGUUAAUGUUCUAUAGUUCUGAUGUUGAUAAUAAUUAAACCCAGAUAAUUUUAUAGCAA